AUGUCGCACCCCAAGUACAAGCCGUCGCGCCUGGCCACUUUGCCCCCUACCCUUGACCCAGCUGAAUAUGACAUAUCUCCGGAAACCCGGAAGGCGCAAGCCGAGCGGUUGGCCAUAAGGUCUCGGCUUAAGAGGGAGUACCUGCUUCAGUACAACGACCCCAAACGCCACGGGCUCAUCGAAGAUCCUGCCUUGGCUCGUUGGACUUAUGCGAGAACAGCAAAUGUCUAUCCCAAUUUCAGACCCACUCCCAAGAACUCCCUCCUAGGAGCCGUGGUGGGAAUUGGACCCCUCUUCUUCUGGUAUUAUGUUUUCAAAACUGACAGAGAUAGGAAAGAAAAACUUAUCCAGGAAGGAAAAUUGGACCGAAAAAAUAACAUCUCCUAUUAA